AUGAAAUCUCCAACUUUCCAGCAUCUCACCGAAACCAACCAGGCAGCGAGACCACACUCCAAUUGCUCCUCCUCAUAUGGAGACAUCCCGCCGCAGAGUCCUAUCAUAUCCGGGAUUCCAUCUCGCGACUCAGUCGCCCACAUUCAGAACAUGCCACGAGAAAUCACCCACAAGAUUUUCUCAUACCUGCUCACCAAUCCCAUUCUCGGAACCGGUACCGCCAUCACCACGAUCGCAGAUCCUGUCAAGAACGGGAAGCGAGUAGUCAACGUACCCAAGUACGAAUUGUAUCCCGCGAUCCUCCGCGUUUGCAAGCAGAUGUAUCACGAUGGCGUCCACGUACUUUACCAGCACAAUGAAUUCAUCAUGGAUUGCACCAAUUGGAUGUAUCGGGACGAUUCCAAUGAGGAGCUAGGUGGAAUCUAUGAGUACACGAGUAGUUAUGAUCAAGACUAUUUUCCCAUCACAACUGCUCUGAAUGUAUCACCAUUGACUCGAUAUGCUGAACACUUUAACGUGGCACCAACCGAGCAGGAUUGGGAAUACCAGGGGAAUGAAUUCUUCUAUGAACAACCAACUUUCAAUCAUCUCGUGGGUCCUCAAGCCCGAUAUGUUCGGAAGUGGAAAGUCAUCGUACGUGGAGAUGAGGGUCAUUACACUCACAGAUUCGACGAAGCCGCAUUGGCACAGUUCUGUCAUGCAAUCAGUCAAUGUCCAGACCUCUCGCUAUCUUUCAUCGUUUGCAUAGAUAAAACAUCGGAACAGACCCGAAAGGCAACUCGUGCGGAUUUCGCCAGACAUUUGAGUUUUGAAGAAAUCUUCGCUCCUCUCAAACUACUGAGGAAUGUGCAAAGUGUAGAGUUCAAAGAAGCACAUUCCAAUAUUGAUGAGGAAAAAGGUGGAGAGGAGUUUCCCGAGUCGCUCCCUGUUUAUCUUGAUGAGAUUCAUCAAAUAGUCGAGGACUCUGCAGCGACUCUCACAUCGGGAAAAGAGAAGGACAAGUACAUUGAUUUAAUGAAGGGGUCUUCGCCAUUAGCCGAUCCCAUCAACCUAAUGUGCGACGAACUUGUGGCAUAUACCCAAACCUUUGAGAGCGUGCCUGAAUUCAGACAAGACAUAGAUGUGGGCAACUUAGAUACUACCAAUCAACACAAAAAGUCAUACAAUACGCUUGAGGGCACUCUACGACAAGCACGAGCAGCAGCGUUGGUUGGAAAUCUUAAACUUUUCAAAUCUUUACGCAUGCAGCUGUUAUUAGAUAUUGAAAAUGAUCAAUUCCAGAGAAUCAAGCGUUGUUUUUCCAAAUUAAACGAGUUCAACGUGCAGGAUAGAGUCUUUCGCGGAAUGUUAUGUCAAGGAGAAUUCCACGACCGCAUUUAUGAGGAUCAGGGAUUUAUGUUGGAUCUUAACAAGAGUUCGCCCGAGACACGUCACUGGCGAGAGAAGAUCACUAACGCUCUCUCUUUGCUGGAAGAGUAUGCCGAAUCUUUGGAAAUAGACUUGAAUAAGAAUUCUAUAUACCGCCCCGGAUAUCGACUUCUAAGCCCUGGAGCCUAUGUUAAGGAUCCUGCAAGAGAGAAAUUGUUGCGAAGAGUCAGAAAGGCGCACAAAUUUCGGGAUUAUGGCUUUUUCAUACACUGCUUCCAGAAGGUUGUCAACCAGUUGAAUGAUCAAUAUAUUGAGAUCCUAAAGGCUAAACAAAAUCUCUUCCGAUGGGAUUCUAGACCUGCUCCAAGAGGAAUUGAUAUUCCUGUUGGGAAUGUCAAGAUAAUCUUUGAUCAUGACAUCGAACCGGUGGAAUGGACUAUUCGCGAUUUCGACUACAGUCACAAGCCAGGGAAACGAGCGCGGGAGACUACGAAGGAAGCGCCGUCACCUGCAAAGCGACAGCGUCAUUCGAGAUAG